GCGUCCCCGGGUCUGUGCGUCGGUCGGGGUCAGGCUGGAGCCGAGCGAGGCUUUUCGUCACUCGGAGCCCGGAUUGAACAGCGCGCGUGGGUCUCCGGGCGGUCGGGACGUAGACGCGCGGGCUCCGCGGCGCUGCGUGUUUGAUGGUGACAGUGCCUACGUGGGGAUGAGUGACGGAAAUCCAGAGCUCCUGUCAACCAGCCAGACCUAUAACAGCCAGGGUGAGAGUAAUGAAGACUAUGAGAUUCCUCCUAUAACACCUCCCAAUCUCCCUGAGCCAUCCCUGCUGCACCUGGGGGACCACGAAGCCGGCUACCACUCGCUGUGUCACAGCCUUGGGCCCAACGGUCUGCUCCCUGCCUACUCAUACCAGGCCAUGGAUCUCCCAGCCAUCAUGGUGUCCAACAUGCUGGCCCAGGAUGGCCACCUGCUGUCAGGUCAGCUGCCCACGAUCCAGGAAAUGGUCCACUCGGAAGUGGCGGCGUAUGACUCAGGCCGGCCAGGGCCCCUGCUGGGCCGCCCAGCGAUGCUGGCCAGCCACAUGAGUGCCCUCAGCCAGUCUCAGCUCAUCUCCCAGAUGGGCAUCCGGAGUGGCAUUGCCCACGGCUCCCCAUCACCCCCAGGGAGCAAGUCAGCAACCCCCUCUCCAUCCAGUUCCACACAGGAGGAGGAAUCAGAUGCCCAUUUCAAGAUCUCGGGAGAGAAGAGACCCUCAGUGGACCCAGGCAAAAAGGCCAAGAAUCCAAAGAAGAAGAAGAAGAAGGACCCCAAUGAGCCACAGAAGCCAGUGUCAGCCUAUGCUCUCUUCUUCAGAGACACUCAGGCUGCCAUCAAGGGGCAGAAUCCCAGUGCCACCUUUGGAGAUGUGUCCAAAAUAGUGGCCUCCAUGUGGGACAGCCUGGGAGAAGAGCAGAAACAGGCGUAUAAGAGGAAGACCGAAGCUGCCAAGAAGGAGUACCUGAAAGCCUUGGCGGCUUACAGAGCUAGCCUCGUGUCCAAGAGCCCCCCGGACCAAGGCGAGGCCAAGAACGCUCAGGCAAACCCACCAGCCAAAAUGCUUCCACCCAAGCAGCCCAUGUAUGCCAUGCCCGGCCUGGCUUCCUUCCUGACACACUCCGACCUGCAGGCCUUCCGCAGCGGAGCCUCUCCUGCCAGCCUUGCCAGGACGCUGGGCUCCAAGGCCCUGCUGCCGGGCCUCAGCACGUCACCACCACCUCCCUCUUUCCCUCUCAGCCCCUCACUGCACCAGCAGCUGCCACUGCCCCCACAUGCACAGGGGGCCCUCCUCAGCCCGCCUCUCAGCAUGUCCCCAGCCCCGCAGCCUCCUGUCCUGCCUGCCUCCAUGGCACUCCAGGUGCAGCUGGCGAUGAGCCCCUCACCUCCAGGGCCACAGGACUUCCCACACAUCUCUGACUUCUCCGGUGGCUCUGGUUCCCGCUCACCUGGCCCGUCCAACCCUUCCAGCAGUGGAGACUGGGAUGGGACUUACCCCAGUGGGGAGCGUGGCCUCGGCACCUGCAGACUCUGCAGAGGCAGCCCACCGCCCACCACCAGCCCAAAGAACCUGCAGGAACCUUCUGCCCGCUGACCUGCUUGCUCCAGGGUAGCUGUGGACCCCGCUCCUUGGCCUGCACACAGUCCCCUGCGUCUGGACUUCUGGCCCCAGCCCAAGCUCACCGGGCUGCCCCCUUCGAGGUUGCUUAGCAACAGACACCCACCCCUGAUGCUGGGCCAGCCACAGGUGUGCUCUCAGUGUACACAAAGAUGCUGAAACUCGUUCUGUGGGUUCCGUGUAAGUAGUUCACUGUUUUAGAACUGUGCUGAAGACAUCUGUAAGAUUAUUUUGUGGGGAGAAAGAAAGUUUCCUUUAAGGUUAAAAAAAUUUUUAUAAGACCUUUGGCACAUUUUUUUUUUUAAGUUUUAUCUUAAGGGAGACAGUUGCACAAGCAACUGUCAAACUGAUUCUAAUCUGCACACAGAGAGAAUGGGAACUUUUAAGCCACACCCAGGGGCAUUCCUCCUUUUCUUCCUCCUCCUCCUCUUCUUCCCCUUCUUCUUCCCUUUCUUCCUCUUCCUCUUCCU